ACUUCCGGAAGCCGAAGCCGGGCGGGGAGGAAGCCACCGAGACCCGGCCAAAAGGCCGGGGGUUAAUUUAGCCAGAAAAAAGGGGGCGGGAAGGGCUGUGGGGCUAACCUGUCAAUUCGCUACCAUGAACGUGGUUUUUGCUGUGAAGCAGUACGUUUCCAAAAUGAUAGAGGACAGCGGACCGGGUAUGAAAGUACUUCUCAUGGAUAAAGAGACGACUGGCAUUGUGAGUAUGGUAUACACACAAUCAGAGAUUCUUCAGAAAGAAGUGUACCUUUUUGAACGCAUUGAUUCUCAAAAUCGAGAGAUCAUGAAACAUCUGAAAGCAAUUUGUUUUCUUCGACCUACGAAGGAGAAUGUGGAUUAUCUGAUUCAAGAGCUCCGGAGACCAAAAUACAGUAUAUAUUUUAUUUAUUUCAGUAAUGUGAUCAGCAAGAGUGAUGUGAAGUCAUUAGCUGAAGCUGAUGAACAGGAAGUCGUGGCUGAGGUUCAGGAAUUUUAUGGUGAUUACAUUGCUGUGAAUCCACAUUUGUUUUCCCUGAAUAUUUUGGGUUGCUGCCAGGGUCGAAAUUGGGAUCCAGCCCAGCUAUCCAGAACAACUCAAGGACUGACAGCUCUCCUUCUAUCUCUGAAGAAGUGUCCCAUGAUUCGUUAUCAGCUUUCAUCAGAGUCAGCAAAGAGACUUGCAGAAUGUGUUAAGCAAGUAAUAACUAAAGAAUAUGAACUGUUUGAAUUCCGGCGGACUGAGGUUCCUCCGUUGCUGCUUAUUUUAGAUCGUUGCGAUGAUGCCAUCACCCCAUUGCUAAACCAGUGGACAUAUCAGGCCAUGGUCCAUGAACUACUGGGCAUAAACAACAAUCGGAUUGAUCUUUCCAGAGUGCCGGGGAUCAGUAAAGACUUAAGAGAGGUGGUCCUAUCUGCUGAAAACGAUGAAUUCUAUGCUAAUAAUAUGUACCUGAACUUUGCUGAGAUUGGUAGCAAUAUAAAGAAUCUCAUGGAAGACUUUCAGAAGAAGAAACCAAAAGAACAGCAAAAACUAGAAUCAAUAGCAGACAUGAAGGCCUUUGUUGAGAAUUACCCACAGUUUAAGAAGAUGUCUGGGACGGUAUCAAAGCAUGUGACAGUGGUUGGAGAGCUGUCUCGGUUGGUCAGUGAGCGGAAUCUGCUGGAGGUUUCAGAAGUUGAGCAAGAACUGGCCUGUCAGAAUGACCAUUCUAGUGCUCUCCAGAAUGUAAAGAGGCUCCUGCAGAACCCCAAAGUGACAGAGUUUGACGCUGCCCGCCUAGUGAUGCUUUAUGCUCUACAUUAUGAGCGACACAGCAGCAACAGCCUGCCAGGACUAAUGAUGGACCUCAGGAAUAAAGGUGUUUCUGAGAAGUAUCGAAAGCUUGUGUCUGCAAUAGUUGAAUAUGGCGGUAAACGGGUCAGAGGAAGUGACCUCUUCAGCCCCAAAGACGCUGUGGCUAUUACCAAACAGUUCCUCAAAGGAUUGAAGGGAGUAGAAAAUGUGUAUACUCAACAUCAACCUUUCCUACAUGAGACCCUGGACCAUCUCAUCAAAGGAAAGCUUAAGGAAAACCUGUACCCUUAUCUAGGCCCCAACACACUCAGAGACAGACCUCAGGAUAUCGUUGUGUUUAUAAUUGGAGGAGCCACCUAUGAAGAGGCUCUAACAGUUUAUAACCUGAACCGUACCACUCCUGGAGUGAGGAUUGUCCUGGGAGGAACCACAGUGCAUAACACAAAAAGAAAAAUUAGGAUCCUGUAACAGAAUUUGCAUUUCAAAGGAAGAGGAAUCCAGAGGACACUCUUGUUCACUUAUGGGCAUUUCAGGAUCAGUUUUUUAAAAGUGUUGGAACCAUCACCAUCUCCGUAGAGAUUCUAGAGGGAGUUACUUUGCUGCUGUGACCAACGCAUUAUUAAACACCAUUGCAAGAGCUGUGGUGGGGUGUAUUGCCUGUCACUGACAAGCAUUUAUUGAGCACUGAUAACGUGUAAGGUUUUGUGAAAGGCGCUACAAAGAGACAAACAUGGAGACAUGUUCCAUAUUUUUAAGGAUUUCGAUGUCCAAUGGGAAAAAUAAGCAUAUAAAUGAGUAAUAAGAUGCUUUUUGAAAAAACUGGAUUUAACCAAGAUUCAAAUCUAGGUCUGUCUCUUGGUUCCAAUUUAUUUGUGCAUUUGGAACAUAUAUUUUUAAAAUUAAAAAUAGCUUUUCACUGCAAAAUCAAUGCAUAAUACUCGUAGGAAAAAAAUUUAAUACAGCUAAGCAAAAAUAAGAUAAUAAAAAUAUCCAUACUGCCACAGUCCCACCAUAGGAAAUGUCAACAUCUUGAUGUAUGUAUAGCCUUUUGGACCUUUUUCUAUUAAUGUACGCACAUAUAUUUUUAAACAAAAGGACUGUACUAUACAUGUACUUUCAAUGAAAAUUCCAACAUAUCUAAUUUUUAGAGUGACUGAAUAGCAUUCUGUUGUCUGAUUGUGCCCCAUCUUAUUCAACCAACCCUUUUUUGUUCAUUCAGCACUUAUUGAGUGCCUACUGUAUUCCAGGAGCUAUCUUAAGACUACAGUGUUGUGUUACAGUGGUGGAUAAAAUUGUUUAGUAUUAAUUGUUUAUAAUUUUUCAAUCAUAUUAAUAAUGCUAUAAUAAACAUUAUUUUAUAUGUAUCCUUAUAUACUUGUCCAGUCGUUCACUUGGGAUAAUAAUUGAGCAUAUACUAGAUGCCAGACAGUCUGGUGACUUCAUUACAUAUAUUAUCUCAUUUAAUCUUUGUGAUCCAAGAGGCAGUGUUGUGAUUUCAAUUUUAAAAUGAAGAAACAAGAACAUGGAGAAAUGAAAUAAUUUGCCUUAGGUCAUACGACAAGGAAGUGCAAACCUGUAAAUCAAGUUCAAAUUUGUGUGAUCCUAGAUUCAUGCACUGCUAGCAAUGUUAAGGUGAAAUUACUGCCUCCAAGAGCAUAAACUUUUUGUUUGUUUUUACUUUUUUUUUAGUAAGCUGUACACCCACCAUGGGGCUUGAAUUCACAACCCUGAGAUCAAGAGUCACAGAACAUAAAUAUUUUUAAAAAAAUUUUUUUAGUGCUGAUUUAUUUUUGAGAGUGAGAGAGAGAGACAGAGUGUGAGAGGGGCAGGGGCAGAGAGAGAGGGAGACACAGAAUCUGAAGCAGGCUCCAGGCUCUGGGCUGUCAGCACAGACCCCAUCGUGGGGCUCAAAUUCACAGGCCAUGAGAUCACGACCUGAGAUGAAGACGGAUGACCAACCAACUGAGCCACCCAGGCACCCCAAAUACUUUUAAGAUGCUAAAUUACUAAUUUUCCAGCCACAAAGAUUUUAUUACCAGUUUAACCUUCACAUCAUGUCCAUGCAACACUGAGGUUAGGUGCACUUGAUUCUUAAAACUAAACUUAAAAAUCUUCAAUUCUUGGAAUGCCUGGCUGGCUCAGUCUCUCGAUCUCAGGGUUGGGAGUUCAAGCCCCAUGUUGGAUGAGGAGCCUGCUUAAAAAAAAAAAAAAAAAAAAAAACUAUCAAAAAUCAUCAAUUUGUAUGGAGGUUGGUUAAAAAAAAAAAAACUUCAACUCAAAUCAGAGAAAGAAGAAAGAAGCAGAUAAACGUUGUGAAGUUGAGAAACCAAUAAAUGAGAGAGACACAAAUAGAGACAAGAGAGUCAGAGAGAGAUACUGACCCCCUUCUCCCUCCCAUUGCUUCAACUUACCCCCAGCCCCACGCCAUCUAAUACACCUUUUUCUUUUACAUAAGCUUGUUUGAAUAGUUUCUGUUUCUUAUAGUCAGGAUGUUGCAUUUUAGAAAAAUGUUCUCGUCAUUUACAAGUCUAUAGGAUAUGCCUUUUUGUGUAGUGUGUAAGACCCAAUCUGUAUUUGCAUAUUUGUUUCGGGAUUUGUUGGGUUAAACAAUAGAAAGUUAAAAAUAGAAGGAAAAGUUCAAAACUUCUAACUCUGUGUAGUGACACAAAAGUGACCUGUUUACUUCAUAUAUUACCUACAUUUCUUUUUUUUCAAGUUUAUUUAUUCAUUUUUAGAAAGAGAGAGGGAGAGAGAGAAUCCCAGGCAGACUCCAGGCUGUCAGCGCAGAUCUUGAUGUGGGGCUUGAUCUCAAGAACCGUGAGAUCACGACCUUGAUCAUGAUCAAGAGUCGGAUGCUUAACUGACUGAGCCACCCAGGCACCCUUAUGAUCUACAGUUCUGUUUUUUAUGAUAAAAAAUACUGAAAUGUUCUACAGAUUCUUAAAAGUUAUCAAUUUGAUGUCACUGAGAUUAUUAAAUACUCAAGUAGUUGAUUAUUGUCAGCACAGCCCUGAGUUGUCUUUCCUCUGCCAAAACUCUGUUACCUUCCCCAGCUGAGUGAUGUAUCCACCAAGAGACCUGUUCUUUCACAGGGAUUGUCAUUAGAGCCUUGGUUGAAUGGGACCUGUGAUUUACACAUCACUGUUUGGUACCUUUCAUCUUUUAAAAGACAGUACAGGGGUUCCUGGGUGACUCAGACUCUUGAUUUCAGCUCAGGUCAUGAUCCCAGUUGGACUCCGCGUGGGGCUCCACGUUGAGCGUGGAACCUGCUUAAGAUUCUGUCUCUCCCUUUGCCCCUCUGCCCCGCUGAGGCAUGCUCCCUCUCUUAAAAAAAAAAAAAAAAAAAAGGCAGUUUUGCCUAGCAGUUAAGAGCAUGGACUCCAGUGCCAAGACUACCUUUUUAAAUCCCAGUUUUGCCAUGUGUCCACUUAUAUGACUUUAUGCAAAUUAUUUAACCUUUUUGUGCCUCAGUGUCUCAGCUGUAAAAUGGAGGUCCAUAAUGGCUCUUUCACAUCACUGUGGUGAUGAACGGAUAAUAGAACAUAUAUGAAAUGCUUGCAGGAGAAUCUGGCAUGGGGGAAGCAGUCAAUAGCUGUUACUUGCUGCUGCUGCUACUGUUAACUGCUCUUCUAUUUGGGGAACUCUGGAUAUUCAUCAUCAACCACCUCUGCCAUCACCCAUACUUCAAUCACUUGUUUUGAAACCCUUCAAGAGCAGAAUUCUGUUAUUAUCCCAAGUAGGAAUACACCAGGGCAGUGAUAAAAUUUACUAUGAAGGUAGUAGCCCAGCUGCCAGAUGACCUUUGUGUUGUGGUCUGUGAGGACAAAAAUGUUUAGUAGCUCAGGUUCCAUUUGUGCUCACUUAAAAUGUCCCCUUUGAGGCUCCCAGAGUCAGCACCUGUGUAAUUAAUAGGCCAGCACAGAGCCUUCCACAGCCAUGCUUGCUGCAGGCAGGUUAUUUGGGGCUUUGCUUCUUGUAUUUUUUUGUGGUGGUCACCAUUCUACUCCUGUAGUUGUGGUUGCUUUGAGAAAUUGAUGUGGUUUUGAAUGUUCCCAGUGGUGAGAAAGUGUAUCUCUAGCUCUUUUGGUUUUCGGUUGAUAACCUCCUUUCAGGCCCCUGUAUAACUGAUAUUACAGGCAGUUGUGUCCCUGAGGAGUCUGUUUUCUGCCCUGUGGACUCCAACGGUAGUCCUUUCUCCUCACACAGCCCUCCAGUGAAUGAUAUACGCACAAUGCUGGCUACAGGCAGAAUCCCACUGGUGGCUUUUGUCCUCUUUCUUCUCAGUGAGAAAAUAAAGCCAAGGGCUCCUGUUUAUUUGUUUUCUUUUGCUUUGCUUUUAGGGUUUUAGUUCUUUUUCCCCAUAAGUCAGGUGUCUAGUGCUAAGGUGGGAACUGGGAAGGAGAAGCUAUGUUUUUUAAUAGGCAGUUACAUUGUUUGUAAGAAAGUGUCAAUUCCUCAGUGGAAGUGGUUAUAAUCAAGGAAAUAUUUUGUCUUAAUUCAGUGUUUCCCAAGGUCUGUCCUAUAGAAAAUGUGUUUGGCAUUUGUUUAGUAUUGAUAGGUAUUCCACUAAAAAAGGAUUCUAUAGCCAACUAAGUUUAGAAAAUAAACUUAGUUUAUUGGGCGCCUGGGUGGCUCAACAGGUUAAGUGUCCAACUUCAGCUCAGGUCACGAUCUCAUGGUUUGUGAGUUUGAGCCCCGUGUCGGGCUCUGUGCUGUCAGCUCGGAGCCUGGAGCCUGCUCCAGAUUCUGUGUCUCCCUCUCUCUCCACCUCUUCCUGCAUGCUCUCUCUCUGUCUCUCUGUCUCUGUCUCUCUCUCUCUCUCUCUCUGUCUCUUUCAAAAAUAAAUAAACAGUAAAAUUUUUAAAGAAAAUACUGCCUCCAG